AUGUGUCGGAUAUCUCACCAGCGUUUUCUGAGCCUGGAUGAACACCGAGAGCAGCUCUUCCUCGGGCUGGUAACAGCGUCUAAGAUGCUGACUCAUCCAAGUGAUAAAAUUAUACAUCAGCAGUGGAAGAAGCGCCUCACAUGUAAGAACACCGGAGAACGGUCGACUGGCACGAUGCCAUCUGGGAACCUGAAGACACCUCAUUGCAUCGUCGUGAGCCACGAGGAGCCUCCCCCAUUAAAAGGCGGUCUGCCGGAGCCCAGUCCGUGGGAGGGGUCUGCCAAACCUUUCCCUCUAAUUGACCAGGGAGCAGAAGCAGCCGGUGAUGCGAGCAGCCACAGACGGGGAGAGAGAGACGGACGCAUGGGAUUGACACAACGGGAAACCCAGCCCCAUGCUCAAAUGGCUGAUCUGGAACUGUUUUACUUUGAUCACCACGAUCCGAGAGACGCCUCCCUCGUUUUAAAUCAGCAAAGAGUCAACGAGUCGCUUCACCCGGGCGGAGGAGAGGGUUCAGCACCAUGGACAGAGACCCGGAGAGCUGCGCGUCCGGAGGAGGAAACCGAAACAUGUUUCACCUGCAAACACCGAGCUGAGCAAGAGGAUGAUGAUGUUCAGCUGAUCGGGACAAGUCCACAAACAUACAGGCUGACUCAGAGCUCCUUGAGUGAACUGUACGAGGAGGAGGUGGUGGAGGAGGAGGAGGAGGAGGAGGAGGACAUCCCGGAACUUUACUUGCUGUCCGACGACGACCUCUCCUCUGAGGGCUCGGGGAAGUCUGUGGAUUACGGCUUCAUCAUCGCCGUAACAUGUCUGGUGACUGGCAUCUCUUUGGUCGCAAUAUCCUACACGGUCCCCAGGGACGUCCGGGCGGACCCGGACAGUGUAUCCGCCCGGGAGAUGGAGCGGCUGGAGAGGGAGAAAGCCAGGGUGGGGGCCCAUCUGGACCGGUGUGUCAUAGCGGGACUGAGCCUGCUCACCCUCGGGGGUGUGCUGCUCUCCACCCUGCUCAUGAUCUCCAUGUGGAAAGGGGAGAUGAUGAGGAGGAAAGCCUUUGCUUAUUCCAAACACGCAGCUAAAUUGUACGGCUCCAUCAAUUUGAGAGCAGGCUCCAGCCCAACUCGAGAAUCCUGCUCACAUUUGUCAGUGGCUGAUGAGGAUUUAGAAGUGCUCAGUUGAAUUUAUGGACAGGACAAGCGGAAAUAACUCAGAAAAAAGUAUUUAGGAAAUCCUGGUAGUGCUGUCCUCUAAUCGGGAGUGUAGUGGGGGUUUAAUUCCUUUUUUUCUUCUAAUAGCUACGUUUUGUUGACAUGGACAAUUUUAAAGGACAUGUUCUCAUUUUUUUCAAGUCUGUCUUAAUGCAAUACUCACAUGCCCUUAUGCACACUGACAGAGUUUUUCUUUACUGUAAUGCUUCCUUCCAUCUGUACUGGCCCUGAACAGAUCCAGUGCUAAUCCAAUAUCAAUGUAAGUGAUUGGGGAGAAGAUCCACAGUCCUGUGUUUGAGUAUAAAUGCAUUUUAAAGUUCCAUUGCAAAUAUAUGAGGGUUUAAAAGUUGGAUUUGCAGGAGUUCAGGCCACAAACAGGUCUGUAAUAAAACAACAUGAGGGGCUUGGUUGGUGGGGGAUCCAUGACCCAUGAGUUUGAAGUAGUGCUGGGCGAUAUCGAUAUUAUAUCGAUAUUGUAAUAUGAGUCUAAAUAUCGUUUUAGAUUUUGGAUAUGUUUCGUCUUUCCCUGGUUUUAAAGACUGCAUUCCAGUAAAGUGAUGUCAUUUUCUGGACUUACUGUUCUCGCUGUUUUAUUAUUUGCCUUUAUCCACUAAUACUCUUGUAAUAGAAAGACUUGAUUUGACUAACUCAGACUACGAAAGCCUCAUAUUAACUUCAAAUCAACUUAAAAAUGCAUUAUUUACACAGAAAGAUGACUGUGGAUGUUGUCCCCUACAACAAACGAUUGUAUCGACCCCUUCACAGCCAGCAGGGACAAGGGGAAUUACAGAAACCAAUAACUCUUCUUAGUGCAUACAACUUAGCAUUGUAGUAAGAUUUGCACUCAAACAUUAAGUUCAAAGUAAAACAGUACAUGAUGACGAGCUGUACAUGAUGAGUAUGUAUUUUUUUUUACAGCUACAAGAUGAAAUAUACUUUCCUGAAAUAUAUAUUUUGUUUACAUUGUGGGAUGGUGGUUUGCCUUAUGAUGAUCUCUGACCCACCUUUUGGUUUAGCUCUGCAUCCCUGCGUCUAAUGAUGCCCCUGUUUCAGUGGAGUGAUGUCUACAUGCCAGUGCAGAGUCGUAUGUUUAGAGGUGUGUGCCAUGGGGAAAUCAAACCUAAAGCAAGAAGCGGUGUCACUGCUGCUGCCUACAUUUUCCACCAAACAGCACUUCACUGAAACUGUGCCGAUGUGAUUUACAAAAAGAAAUGUGCAUUAAUCUGUGUUGAACCCCAUAUAAAUUCUGUUUAAUACAAUUGUGAUGUGCUGAAGAGAUGCUUGUGUUUGCUUGCUUAAACGCAGAUAGUAAUACCACAGGAUGUGCAAUUAGAUUUUGUGGUUGAGCACCGAUCUCGGGGAAGCUCAGUUUACACCAAAUACACUUGGGAGUUUUGACUGCAGAUGUUCAAAAGCAUACAGAGAGCGAGAGAAUCAACAAACCCCCUGGGGGAAAAGCUCUCCUGGUAAUUGCUGUUAUACUUAAUUGCUCGUGGGAGGCCUGUGAAUCAGUGGAAAAAAGAUCCCAGAGCAUUUUAACAACUGCCUCAAUCAAGCUCGCUUAACUCGCUCAUCAACAACCAAAGCGUCCCAGCUGGAAUACUGUAGUGAAAUGUUACAUUGCAUUGAAGGAGUGGGAAGUAAUGGAUUGCCUGCUCUGACAGAAGAUGCUGUGAAUCAACAAUUGUAUCCCCUGCUUGUACUGUGCUGUGCAGCCUCUGUAAUUGGAAGUGCUUAAGGCCGGCAGGAUCACAUUAUCCUCCACACGACCUUCGCUCCCUCUCUGCUCGUUAAUGUGGGGAAAAAUGGUGAAAUCAGCCGACCACUUAGUGAAAUAUUCAGUUGAUUUCUAAUGCUGAUCUGUAGAGUUUACAUCGCAGGUGUCUGGGAAAGGAAAAGUUACUUUGUGCUGAAGUGUUGAACCUGAUUCACCUGCUUUCAGUUGGGGAUUUCUUACAUAUCCCAGAUUACUUUUUUUUCUCCAGUCAUUAGAGAGAACAGCUGCAAGCUUCUUGUUGCAUUAAGUCUGUGAUAUUGGACUGUGUGGUAUAGCAUAGUAAUAGCAAGUGAGUGACUAACAUGUAAGUCAGCCUUCUAACUCAAAAGUCUAAUUCAAAAUGAUGCAGCCUCCAGAGAACAUUGACAUCAACACUUUUUACUGCUGAGGAGUGAGAUAAUUGGAGGUUGGCUGUAACCAUGAUGGAAAUGUUUAAUUCUGACAUAAUAUUGUUUCAGUUUUUGGGGAAUUAGAGCCGACACAAU